AUGAACACUAUGCCCUGUGUCUCUCCGACAUCUUCGUCAACCGAGGGAUUCGCCAAUGACCGGAGCGAUAGUAACAAGUACUACUCCAACUAUGGUCAAGGCGCCUACACAACGUGCAGCCCGUCGCUUGUCAACUGGAGCCCCUGCCGUCCCGCCUCCAUCCAAACUAUCGUUCCCGCCGUCGCCGCCCAACACCACCUGUUCUUUCACCCCCAGGAACAGCCUUCAGUUUCUGGUAACCUCAAAACCCCGAUGCAUAUCUCACCGGACGAAUUGGUCACAAGAAGCAUGGAUGGUCAAGGGCAUUACGACAAUAGCGUCUUUCAGCAUAGCUUCUGGCUGAAUCGAUGGGACAGUGGAUCUCUCCAGUGCUCCACCACGAUGGAAAGACCAAUCCAGGAUGAGUUCAAAGCUAUAGACGCUUCCGUGUUCCAACACCGUAGCUCACCGGUGUCCUUUAUGGAGGGUUCCAUGGUGGGGCCGAACGUUAUCCCGGAGCUGAGCGUGGUCCCGGAGCUCGGGCAGCACACCCUUUCUGCUACCGGUUCGCCACUCCAGGAGGAAGACAAGCGUAGGAAGCCCUACUCGGCGCUUAUUCACGAAGCCCUGAAGCAAGCGGAUGAUCACACCAUGACGCUACGGGAGCUGUAUAAGUGGUUCAGGGAUCACACUGAUAAGAUAAAAGGGGAAGGCGACACUGGUUGGCAGAAUAGCAUCCGUCACAACCUAAGCAUGAACAAAGUGAGUAACUUUCCGAAAGCCACUUGCAUUCUCUUUCGAUGUUAUUGUGAUCCUCCUGCCAAACCGAUCUGGAAAACGGCACGUCACACCAGCAUCUUUGCUAGUAUAACACACUACCUCAUCAAUGCAUUCAAGAAAGUCGAGGCAGGCCUGUCGAAGUGGACUCUGGACCCCAAUUACAUCAACAAGAUCCAGCCAACGACACAAUUCCGUUCUGGCAACCAAACUGGCUCUCAAAAGGGCCCCUCCCGCCUCAGAAAUGCCCAUAACGGCGGGUCUGGUAGACGAAAGGGCACUUCCCUGGAGGAUACUACGUCACACCGAAAAAGAAACAGACACGCGCCAUCAACGAGCGGUUGA